CAACUUUCUCCUUUGACGGGGCACUCACGCAUGCGGUAGGCAAAUAUGAGCGUAUAUACACACAUGAGAGCGAGCUGCUUCAGGGGUAGAUCUCACCAUUAAACAUGGGUGGGAGAACCCCUCUUCUUGUCCUCACCUUUUCUCUUGCUGUUCUGAGCAUUAAGCUUGGGAUUUCUCGUGGUUGUCGAGAGACAGAGAGGAAAGCCCUCAUCGACUUCAAGCGUGGACUUCGUGAUCCUUCCAAUCGUCUCUCUUCCUGGGUCGGGGAGGACUGUUGUGCGUGGGAAGGAGUUGGCUGCAGCAACAUCUCUGGUCAUGUUAUCAAGCUGGAUCUGCGGAAUAGACGACGAAUGGAUCUAUAUGAAGACUGCUCUCGUCAGGAGGUGUACUACUUGUUGGAUGAUGAUCCAGGAUGCAAUUGGGCAGUGCGUGGUGACAUAACUCCAUCACUGCGUUCUCUCCAACAACUUAGUCACCUGGACCUCAGCGGCAACUAUUUUACGCAUAAACCUAUCCCCAAGUUCUUGGGAGCUUUCAGAAGACUAACAUAUCUUAACCUCUCAGGUGCAGGCUUCGUGGGUAGAGUACCUGACCAGCUCGGAAAUCUAUCCACUUUGCAGCACCUCGACCUUUCUUAUAACUGCUAUAGGGUUGAUGAAGGUGAUGGCUUCUUCUGCUUGUACCUUGAGAACACGAGAUGGAUCUCUAUGCUCACUUCCCUUCGGCACCUUAACAUGAAUUGGGUCAAUUUGACAAAUGCAUCCAACUGGUUGCAAGAUUUGAACGUGCUACCACGUGUUCAAGAGAUUGAAUUAAGUUCUUGUGACUUAGGGACCUUUCCUCGUUCGUUGUCUCAUAUAAACUUCACAUUUCUCAUCACUCUUGAUUUACGAGGUAAUGAUAUAAACUCCACCAUACCAGAUUGGGUGUUCAAUAUUACUAGCCUCGAGUUCCUUUAUCUUGGUGGGAAUGACCUGCAUGGAUUCUUUCCUGAUUCUGUUACGAAGUUGACUUCUCUUAGGGCACUCGACUUGUCUGAGAGUGAGUUCCAAGAUGGCUUCAUGCGAUUAGCUCCUAUAUCCAACCUCUGCAAGCUCCAAAUUCUCUACUUGUGGGCUGUGCCUAUCAAAGACAUGCUUGCCAAUCUAGAAAUGGUUUUCUCUGGAUGUCUCAGGCAUAGCAUGGAGGAAUUGGACAUCAGCGGCACCCAGCUGAGUGGUUCCUUUCCGGAUUGGCUAGGGAACAUGAAGAAUCUCAAAUCUCUUGAUCUUUCUUUCAACUCCCUCUAUGGAUCAGUGCCUGCAUCUUUCGGGAAUCUAUCAUUGCUGCAACAUUUAGUUUUAUAUUCUAAUGAUUUGAAUGGGACGAUUUCGGAAGGCAUCGGACAACUGAAGAGCCUUAUCUAUUUGGAUCUCAGUAGUAACUCGUUGAGCUUAUCGGAGGUCCAAUUGGCUAAUCUAUCAAGUUUAAGGUAUUUGGACAUUUCGAACAACUACGACUCCAGAAAAAGUGGAGUAGGAGUAAUAGACAUGAUUCUCGAUGGGCUUCCUUCUAGUCUCGAGCAUUUGGAUCUUUCUUACAACUCUCUCAAUGGAUCAUUGCCCGCAUCUCUUGGAAACCUCUCUAUGCUACGAUAUUUGAUUUUACGUUCCAAUUAUCUGACUGGGAUGUUUCCGGAAGGCAUCAAACGGUUGAAGGGCCUCGUCCAAUUGGAUCUUUACAGUAACUCUUUGAGAUUGUCGGAGGACGAUCUUGCUAAUCUAUCAAGUUUGAAAUAUUUGGAUAUUUCAUAUAACUCUAUACACUUGAACAAAAGCGAUGAUUGGACCCCUCCUUUUCAGCUUCGAAGUCUCUCCAUGGAUUUCUGUCAAAUAGGGCCCACGCCCCAAUUUCCAAAAUGGCUCCGAACACAAACCAUUCUUCGUCGACUACAAUUGUCAAGUGCAGGUAUCAAAGACAUGUUUUUCGAUAGGCUUCCUUCUAGUCUUGAGUAUUUGGAUCUCUAUAAUAACUCGUUGAGCUUAUUAGAGGAUGACCUUGCUAAUCUAUCAAGUUUGACAUAUUUGGACAUUUCAUACAACUCUGUACACUUGAACAAAAGCGAUGACUGGAUCCCUCCCUUUCAUCUUAACACCCUUCGCUUGAGAUUCUGCCAAAUAUUGCCCGGGCCCCAUUUUCCGAAAUGGCUCCGAACACAAACCACUCUUGAUGAAUUAGAUUUAUCAAAUACAGGUAUGAAAGAAACGAUUCCCAACUGGCUUCCAUCCAGUCUCGAGUAUUUGGAUCUCUCCAAUAAUAUGAUUGGCGCUGAUGUACCAUAUUAUCUUUCAAAUCUAACUAUAUUGGAUCUCAGCAAUAACUCGUUAUCAGGAUAUCUUUCUCCAAAAAUAUCAAUCAUGAUGCCAAGUCUGGAAUAUUUGUCUCUCUCCGACAAUAAGAUUAUGGGUGAGAUGCCACAAUUCUUUCCAAAACUGGAAUAUUUAUUCCUUUCAAAUAACUCCUUCUCAGGGAAGCUUCCAUCAAGAAUCUCAAACACAAUGCCAAGUUUACGAUGGUUUGAUCUAUCAACGAAUAAUAUGAGUGGUGGCAUCCCAUUCUCUUAUUGUCGAAUCAAGUCUUUGGUAGUGCUUCGACUUUCUAAAAAUAAUUUGUCAGGGGAGCUUCCUAAUUGCUGGAAAAAUUCCUCAAGUUUAUUUAUAUUGGACUUAUCAAUCAACAAAUUACAAGGAGGACUUCCCGACUCCCUUAUCAAUUUACAAAGUCUACAGUCACUACAUCUGAACUACAAUAAUUUUAUGGGACAAAUCCCUCUUUCUUUCAGAAAUUUUACCGGAUUGGUUACUCUUGAUCUGGCUCACAACAAAUUCAUCGGCAAUAUACCAAAUUGGAUUGGAGAAAGCCUACCAUACUUAAGGACUCUCAACUUACGCUCGAAUGCCUUUACUGGCAGCAUUCCUCAGUUAUCUCAUCUUACAUCUCUUCAGAUAGUGGAUCUCUCGAAUAAUCAUCUUUCAGGAAUACUACCAAGCAGCUUUGGCAAUUUUACUGCGUUGAAAGGCUCUCCUUCAAAGGGUUUGUACUUUCAUAAUUUUGACUAUGAGGAUUACAUGUGGCUCUUCACAAAAGGAAGCGAACUCGAAUACAACAGCAUGCUACUUUCAAUCGAUACAGUCAUUGAUCUCUCCAACAAUGGUUUGUCCGGUUGCAUCCCUAGAGAGUUGGGAAAUUUGCAUGGUCUGCGAAGCUUAAAUCUAUCUGGGAAUUACCUAACAGGGGAGAUACCAAGCAACAUUGACGGAAUGCACCAGCUAGAAAUCCUCGACCUCUCAAGAAACAAUCUCUCGGGUAUAAUUCCUUCGACCUUGGCAGAUUUAAAUUUCUUAAAUGAUUUGAACUUGUCAUAUAAUAAUCUCUCGGGUAAAAUCCCCACUGGGAGCCAAUUGCAAACUUUAAAUGAUCCAUCUGUCUAUGCUGGCAAUCCAAAUCUUUGUGGCGCUCCUCUCCCCAAAAAUUGUACGGUGAAUAUAACGAAGACCGAUGGAGAAGAGCAAAAUGAAGAUUCUUCUGAGAGCAGAAUGGAAACACUUUGGUUAUACACAAGCAUCACCCUAGGAUUUAUUAUUGGAUUUUGGGCGAUUUGUGGAAGCCUUUUGUUACGACGGACAUGGAGGAUCACGUACUUCCGUGCCAUUGAUAACAUGUUUGACAAGCUAUACGUGGUAAUGGUAGUGACCGUGGCAAAAUACAAAAGGAAGCUUUGAUGACUUUGUUGUUAGAGGGGGUCUAUAUGAUUCAUCCUACUUAAGCAAUAGCACUGGCAUUGGUAUCGAUCACGUUCAUGGUUUGCAUGUCUUUUCAUAACACACCAUCACAUUAUUUUAAUUUUUCCUUGUUGUGCAUGCUAUACUGACUCUUUAUAUGAUCUGUUGAUGUUUGUCUACGUAGUUGUUUGUCAAAACUUUAGGUCAUCAAAAUAUGAGUCCUCUGCCUAUGGUUUAUGAGU